AUGUCGAAUUUAUCAAAACUCGAAUUCGUCGCACUUGACAUCUCGGGAAAUAACUACCUCCCAUGGACUCUUGAUGCGAAAAUUCAUCUGACAGAAAAUAAUCUAGGGGCGACAAUUGAUGAUGAAAAUCAAACCUCCGCUCAAGAUAAGGCUAAGGCCAUGAUAUUCCUUCGUCACCAUCUUCACGAAGACUUGAAGAGGGAGUAUCUUACUGUUGAGGACCCUCUCGAGUUGUGGAAAAAUAUCAAAGAAAGAUUUGACCACCAGAAGUUGGUCUUGCUCCCUAAAGCUCGCUAUGAAUGGCUUCAUUUGAGGCUACAAGACUAUAAAAGUGUUAGCGAGUACAACUCUGCCCUUUUCCGCAUCACCUCCGAGCUUAAAUUAUGUGGUGAAAAAAUAACCGACGAAGACAUGCUUGAGAAAACUUUCUCAACGUUCCAUGCAUCAAACAUGCUCCUGUCGCAGCAAUACAGGGAGCAUAAAUUUACAAAAUAUUCUGAAUUAAUAUCAUGUUUGUUGGUCGUGGAGCAAAACAACAAGCUCCUACUACAAAAUCAUCAAGCGCGACCCGUCAGUGCAAGCCCAUUGCUAGAAGCAAAUGCGGCAAAUUAUCAAAGCGGACAUGGGAGAGGUGGCGGUCGCGGUCGCAGUCGCGGCCGCGGCCGUGGCCGUGGACGGAGCAAUACAUGGCGACGGGAAUCUCAAAAUUCAAAAUCUAGUAGUGGCGAAUCGAGUCGACAGAACGCGGGACGACCUCCUAGAGAGAGAACUAGCGGGAGCUAA